AUGAGCUUCAGAGCUAUUGACAGGCUAAAAUUGUCUCUGUCAAAGGAGCUGCAGGAUUCAAGGGAAACUGACAUGUUUAAAAUCACUCCUCUGAUCCAAACUGAAGAAAAUUGAACCCAACAACAAAAAAUAAAAAUGGCAGAAUUUACAGGUUAUAAGGAGACUUCAAAUCGCCAUCUUCGAUUCAAGUUACAGAGUCUUGGCCGUCGUCUUGAUGAACUGGAAGAAGCAACAAAAAAUCUCCAGAAAGCAGAGGAUGAGCUUCUUGACCUUCAGGACAAAGUUAUCCAGGCAGAAGGCAGCAAUUCUAGCAUGCUGGCCGACGUAGAAGCUCUGAGAAAAAGAGUGCUGAAAAUUGAAGGCAAGGAUGAAGAAAUAAGAAAAGCUGAAGAGCUCUGUCAGUUGAUGAAGGAAAAACUGGAGGAGGAGGAAAGUCUCACUCGAGAACUUAAAUCAGAAAUUGAACGGCUUCAGAAGAGAAUGGCAGAACUGGAAAAACUGGAGGAAGCUUUCGGCAGGAGCAAAAACGAUUGUACUCAGCUGUGUCUGAGCCUUAAUGAAGAAAAAAAUUUGACCAAAAAAAUAUCUACAGAGUUGGAAAUACUUAGGAUGAAAGUAAGAGAACUUGAAGCAUCUGAAGAUAGACUGGAUAAAACUGAACAUAGUUUAGUAAGUGAGUUAGAAAAGCUGAAAUCUUUAACACUGAGCUUUGCUAGUGAAAGAAAACACUUCAAUGAAAGAGAAAAGCAGAAUGAAAAAUUAAUCCAGGAGCUAACACAAAAACUAGAACAAAACAACAAACUAAAUAGGGCAGAUCAAACUAGAAAUGCAUCAAACCUGCUAGAAAGAUCAUCAAAUAGUCUUCUGGAUAGAAAUGACCUGAGAAUUGAAGAUGACUUGACCCCUGCAUUGCCCUCUAAAGAAACCAGGAGAAAGGGAAGCUUGGAUUACCUAAAGCAUGUAGAAAAUGAAACCAGAAAUAAAUCAGAAAAUCAAAAGAAUAAAAAUCAAGAAGACAACAAAGUGAAAGAUCUCAACCAAGAAAUUGAGAAACUUAAAAGUCAAAUUAAACAUUUUGAAUCUUUAGAAGAAGAACUUAAAAAAAUGAAAGCCAAAAAUAAUGACCUGCAAGAUAGUUAUCUGAGUGAACAGAAUAAAAACAAGCUCCUGACUGGUCAGUUGGAAGAGAUUAAAAUUCAAAUAAAGAAACAAAAGGAUAUGGAGAACGGUGAGGUGGAAAGUGAAGAAAUGAGCCUUCCCAGCAGAAUUAGACAUGACAGGCCUAACUACAGAGGUAUCGCAGCUGAGCCGGCAAUUUCAAAACACAAGUCACGGGAGCUUUCACCUCAGCAUAAACGAGAAAGAACACGGAACAGAGAGUUCUCUUCCAAUAAUGACAGUUAUACCACAAGUAGCAAGCAAGUUCCCAGUCCAAGUUUAAUUACUAGGAGAACAGCAAAGGCAUCUAGUACAUUUGCUCUACUAGAAACUGUGAUUACUGAUACAAAAAGAAUGGAAGACAAAUCAGCAAUUGCUACAUAUUUAUCUAUGCAGAAAGAUAGUGGUGCUCCACAAAAUGAAGUGAAGAAAUCAAGAGAGCAGCCAUCUGUGCUGAGUCGAUACCCACCGGCUGCACAUGAGCACAAAUCUUGGAAAGCCUCUUCCAAACCUGGGAAUGAAAGUGGGUUGAAGACCAAGGUUGAAAAGCUAUCUCAAUCAUUUAGUGAUGUUUGCCAAGGUAACUCUGAUGCACUUGAUGAAAAAUCAAGCAAAGGAGAAAUGACUGUAUCUUUGACUGAAAAGAUGAAAACAAGCCAAACAGAGUUGUCUGAUCUAUGUGUAGAGAGACCCUUUAUGAAAAAUAAUCAUGCACCAUCCAAUGAAACAGCUUCAUCAUAUAGAUACCAUAUCUCUUCUCAGAUGUUAGCAGCUGAAUCCACCAGCUCUAAAGCAGAAGCAGCAACAGCCUCUGUUUUAUCUCACAGACAGUCCCCAGAAGGGAAAUCUAAAAGAACAAUAAACUCCCAAGAAAGAGAAUUUACAGACACUUUUCAUGAAAAUACAAAGCCUUCAACUUUAAUAAAGUAUUCAAACAGCUCAAGAAGUCAAGAAGACAUCUUACAGAUUCUCACAAGUCAAGGUAAGGAAGAAAUGGACCAAUCUGCACCAUCAGUUACAGUUCAGACAAAUGUUGGCAUAAAAUCUGACUCUUUGAGAUCCAAAGCCAUCAAACCAGCUAGCCAUGAAAAACUUAGUACAGAUGAGGAGAUUGGUAAAAGCACCAAUGCUACUACUGAGUCAGAGCUGGAGAAGAGAAAGAAACCUAGUUCCAGAGAAUUCUCAAGCUCCAGAGGAGUUCUCAGAGCAUCUCUCUUUGAAAAUGAUAAAAAUACUGGAAAUGAAGAUGACCCCCCCAAAUCCAUAAAGACAUCUUCAGACGCUGCCAGCAUAGGAUUGAAAUCCAGAAAGUCAUUCAGCCCUAGAGAAGCUUUGAGAUCAAAAGCCAUCAUUAAACCUGUAAUAAUUGAAAAGGACAUGAAAGAAGUAAUGGGAGGGGCUGGGUCUGAAGAAUACUCUCAAAACCAGAAAUCUCUCUUUAAAACUGUGACAAAUAAAAUGACAAGCAGCAUAACAAUCUUCCCUUCUGAGCCAGCCAACACAAGGACCAACACAAAUGAAGCCGCAAAGGAAAGACAUACUUCUACCAGCAAUAUUAGAGUCACUCCAAAUGAGCUGUCAACCAUAACAAACAACAUCAGCACACCCUUUGAGAUCUCAAUUAAUAAGAGUGAUAUUGCUCUGAAAUUAUCUGAGGCAGAUAAAAUUGGGGAUUUAGCUCUGAGAAACAGGACAGAAACACUAAUUUCAAGAAGCAGUAUUCUGAUAAAACCUUCUGAACCCAUUGAGAAGAACAAUUAUGAGCCAUCCUUAGAGACAAUCAGCUGGAAAAGCCAUGGGCCUUUAGAAGCAGAGUCACCAGAGACAAAACACAUCACUCUGAGAAGUUCUUGGAGGACAAGGCGGGGAUUACAAUCUUUGGAAGACUCUCAAAUCAAAGUGGAAAAAAAUACAGCUUCCACUCGUACAAAGGCAUGCAAGUCCUCUACAGACCUCUCUGAAACGGAAGAGGCCAAUGCAAGAAUACAUUUACUUGAGCAGAAUUCAAGAAGGUCCAGGGCCACUAUUAAUUCUUGGAAUACCCCUGAAUUAGAAUUCAGAAGGACCCAAAGUAGCUUAAGUGCAUCUGAGCUAUCUACUCGAAGGAGCUAUGUCCAUGAUCCCAUCACUGCUUCUACUUGGAAUCGCAUGACAUUACCAGAGGAAAGCAAAGAUUUUGUUCCCACUUCCAGAAGAAAACAGUAUGGCUCUUCUGAGCAGCUGUCCCAGGCUGAGACUUCAGAGAAAAGGCCAACCUCCCAGGUGGAGCUGCAGCAGCGCCCUGGAACCAGCCCCCAUGCACAGCUGGGCUGCAAGACAGAGGACCAGGGCAUUUCCCGCUCCUCCCGGAUGACCUCUAGGAGAUGAACUUCUUUCCUUUCACCAAACGAACACUCCAUUUCGUGGGGCAAGAGCUAAGGAUGUUACCAGCUGCAUGGGUGUCAUUCCUGCCUUGUAAAUGCAACAAAGCCUUCAGCUAGCCUGGAAUCUGUUUUCUAAUGUGAUUUGUGUGAGACAGAAGAUUAACCAGCACAUUUUCCUUCUCUGCCAGGAAGGUGGCUGCAGAGACUUCUCUCAGGGGAACCCCACUUCUCAUCUCUGGGCUGAGACUGGAUUUGUCUCCACAGGAAUAUAGGUCUGUAUGGAAACUCUUCUGGGUCCAUGGCCACUGCUUCUAUAGCCUGCUAUGAUACUUGCAGUACAAAAGAGAACCCUACAUUAACCACUGUAAUUUAUAAAGAACACUAGAGCUACCCCAAUGGCCACAGAGCAACUGGCUCUCACAGCUGCUGAGCACAUCUGGAUUUUCAAAAGGAACCAAGUCCUUCCACAUCUGAAAGUUUUCAGUGUCAUGAUGAAAGUUUGCAUUAUUCUUAAUCUGCCUCUGCUAUUGCUCAGUCAAAACACCUUGCACCAGGAAAGCACAUGAGUUCCCAGAUCUCUUCAACCACAUGUAGGAGGAACGCCAUCACCGCAGGUCACAUCUAUGUGCAGAGAACAUUGCUUAGAGAGCUUCUUCACCAGGACUCCUGCCACAGGCCUGGCAUGCCUUGCCACCCCAUUCCUCCUUGGCCAGAAAUUUGAUAAUACAAGGCUGUUUACUGAGCCAAGCAUAACAGCAAUGAACGCUUGCCCCAGCUUGGACUUGGCUGCCUUUCAGCCAGAGUUCUGUGCUCCCACUGCCCCCCUCUCCCACCUUAGCUGCCAUGCACAAAGGUUCGUGAGUGGAGCUUUGCACCCUGCACUCGAAGGCAGAACCCUCCUCUCCAAGAGGGCCUUCUCUUCCUUCCCAAAAGGCAUAAAUGAGCAUUGAGCUAAGCUGGGAUUGAUAUGCUCAGGCCAUUGUCCAGCCUUGCCAGGAGCCAUCCUGUGCAUCUCCCUUCUGGCCAGAGGCUGUUCUACCUUCUCCCUACUACCUCUCUGGAUAGGGGCUUUUCCUUGCCCCUCCCUGUUACCACUCUGGACAGGGGAUAUUCCAUGAACCUCCCAUCACGCUUCAGGACAGGGUGGUUGCCUGAACCUUCCUGUCUCCCCUGUGGCCAUCCUGGCUAGGAUCCAGGCACAAUCAAAUACUAUAGUCAUGUGUUUCCAAGGUUAAUAUCCUCAGCAGAGAGAGAUGGGGAGGGGACAGAAGCAGACUCCAUUGCACUGGCUAUUAGUGCUGCAUGGCACCCAGCCCAGUCAGUGCCGUGAUCUCGUAGUCUGUUUGCUCUCAGGAAAGGCAGUUUGCAUGUGAACCACAGAUGGGUACAGAGCUCUCAUGUUCCCAUAGGCAACCCCAUCCCUGUCCCAUCUUCCCAUCCCCAGCUCACAUAUAGAAACAGCUGCUCUUUUCCCCAGACCUCUCCUUUAGCCAUCAGGAAUGCCCCCCCCCCCCCCCAAAUAGGAGAUCACCAGUGGGCCCAGCCAAUCCAGGGGCUGGGGUUAGGGAGGGAGGCUGGAGCAAUAAUAGGAGAAAAGAAGAGGAGCCUACUGAGCCCUUAUCUUCUGCACCCACCUAGCCCCCAUGCACUGUCACUGGGGCACUCUGCAAUCUGGGCCAGGGAGGACGGAGUCCCUGUCGGGUCCCAAGAAACAACAUUGCCUUCCCCUCAUGCUUGCCACUGGGUCUCCCCAGCACCUGGAAUCCAUGGAGGAGCUCAGCCGGGGAGGCUGCUGGGUAAGGCCCAGCUCGCUCAGAGCCCCUGUGCUUGGCCUGUCCAGUGCAAUGUGAGGGGACGAUUCAUUGCCUGACAUUCAUGCCCUCAGCCCCACUCCAGGAGAGCUGAGCUCAUUCUGUGGCUGCUUCCUGCCCAUGUUGCAACCUUGUAUGGUAAGGACAGCAGAGCCAGGCAUGCCCCAAUGAGAGGAGUGUCCUGAGCCUAUGUUGUUGUGGCCAAGAGAGGGGGUGAUCUGCUCCCAGAACAAACCACUUAUUAGGUGACAUCUCAGGGCUGGGGAGCAGCCUGCUGCAGAUACACCUUGUGUAGCACACCAAUUCCCCUUGGGGCCCACUGCUCCAGUCCCUCUACUUUACGCCAUCUGCUGGGCAAAGGGAGUUCUGCAGAGUCCUCAGCCUAAGCUUUGAGGCAGCUGCAGUAGGCUCUUUGCUCUCUGCUGGUAGGACACCCUUGUGUGUAACGGUUUCCUCCCCACCCUCUCACAGCCACCAUGAACCUCCACUGAAAGGGAACGAGGCUGGAACUCGGUAUUUGCUGACAGUGUUAAUGCUCCACUCAAUUGCCAUGUUUGUCCCUUCCACAGGUGCUGGGGGAGGGUUUAGCCUUCACUUGCCUUUUAAGCUGGGCACAUCCUGUCCCACCACACCUGGAAGCAGCAGUGCUCUGAACACUCUGUACCAUCGCUGGACCCAAAUUCCCAAUGUACCCCACAAGAGGCAGCACUUUAUGAGCAGUAAGGAAGAAGUGCUCCCCAGGCCAGCUGCUGGACUGGCAGCAAAGGGUCAUGCCUGGUUUCAUUCUCUUGGGAAGUGUGAUUGCACUUGUGUGUUAACUCUGCUCUAAGCAUAGUUAAAGUCACAGUACAAGGUUUUCUUUGUAUGCUGAUAAUAGACCAAUCCUUCCUCUUUACGUCUUCCCCUCUUACUUUCCCAAGGUUCAUGGCUAAAAUUUUCAACAGUGGUGAAGUCACUUCAAAGCCUAAAUCCCACGGCUGUCACUGGACCUCAUGUCAGCAGUGAGUUGGGCCAUGUCAUCUGUGGUAAAUGGCUCCUUGGGCACCAGCAGCAUGUGAGCCCCUCCUACAAAGGCUUGUUCUGCUGCCAUUUGUGCCUCUAUCCCGGUCCAUGCACUAGCUUGCUGCUGGCUGAGCCUGCCCCUCUGUGCAGGGUUAGGGUAGCUCUCUGAGCCUUGCCACUCAUGCAGGGAACUAGCUGAACCAUUCCCAUGGCCACCAAGGGGUGUUAGCCUGCUGUAGCUGAGCCCAGCUUUGGUGAAGGUGUCUGUGCUGUGGCUGUUCCCCUGCUGGACAGCCCUUCUCAGUGCCCUCGAGGGUCACAUACCCAGCAUAGACUCUGUGGUUCCUUCCAAGCCUUUCCUCAUUCAGGCACUGCCUCAGCUGAGUACAGUGCUGCCGUAGGCAUUCAUUUCACUCCUUACUGGGGCAGCUUUGAGGUCAUCAGAUGCUAGUCUUGUACUCAUAAGUCCCUGCCUUGUCCUCUAGCCCUCACAGCCUCCCUCUCUAAGAUGCUGUGCAGCAAAAAGUCAUUUUGGCCUUGAUCCAAUGAAACUCCUACGUAUGUGCAUAACUUUCAGCCCAAGUACAGUCCCACUGACUUUAGAAUGAAAGCUACACACAUGCAUAGAUGAUUUGCUGGAUCAGGGCCUUGGGCAAACCCAGCCAGCAGAGUCUGUAGUGAUCUCUGGCCUCGCCAUUCCUCAAGCCACAUCUUAAUGCCCUCAUGUCUCCUGAGGGGGGAGUGUGCUACAUGCACCAUCACUCCAGCUCCCUUCAGUCUGCACAGAACCUGGGCAGGAGGCCUCAUGUUCUAAUUAGGCAGAGUUCACACAGCUCCUCUGUAUGCUCCCAUUGAAGCCAGAGAGGGUGUUGCCAGACAUGUCACUGAGAGCAGGAAUGGGGCCAUGCAGUCAUCCAAGCACUGGGCAGUGCCCUUCCUUAGUCUGCCUGCAAACAGGAACUCCCCAUUUGGACAGCCAUAAAACUCAAGCCCCACAAUCAGCACAGGGGGGCAGCCCACCACUGAAAUCCAGGUCAAAUGCGCCCACUGCCCUUUCUCUCUGACGGCCUUGUCAUCAGAGCCAAGGGCAAAUGCAGUGAGCCUCAUUGUUAACUCUGAAUGGUGCCAGCUCCCAUCAGAGCCUGUCCACACCCGGCAUCAGCAGCCUUUAAGCAGUGGACUAGGAGCACUGGAGUGUCUAGUGCCACUUCUGCUCUCCACAGCAGGGUCCUGUGGAAGCCAGACACAGUGGAUUGAGGGCUGUUUCCAUAACUCCAGAGUCCUGGGGCGCAGAGAGAUGAGCAGAUAAGAACUUGUCUUCAUUUAUCCUGGCCAGUAGUUUGGACUGUUCAUUCACUACUUUAAGUCAUAUUAUUUGGAUCCCUGUUCUCGAACAGAAACAAUCUCACUACCAUUUCACUGGUUGUAAAUAAUGAAUGUAAAUGUCAGUAACUAGGUUGUGGGUUGUCUUUUUAAUAAAUCUGAGAUUAACUCUGAGCGAGAAAUCCUCAUUGAAACCUAAUGGGGACAUAUCCCCUAAACCUGAGUGCAAUAGGAGCUGAUUGUAUUAUUAAACUAAUAUUAAUGAUUUCAGGAAACAUGACAUUUUACUCAAAUUGCACACUUUUGAGAACAGCUGUAAAAUAGAGUAAAUAUUUGUAAAUAUUGUCAGCACUGGGGAAAUGUUGUUUGUAAUUGUAGCAUAUGAAUAUGGUGGGGUUUCCAUGGACUUGAUAAUGCUGAAAAUGUGAAUCAGACAUUCAGAGAAUUCCAAAGUUGUAACUGUAUUUGCUGCCUGUGGGAGUUUGUAACGGUUGUUCUCAUCUCCCAAGAAACACUUGAAGAAAAAUCCAACCCUUUAUAUGCAGACCACACCUCCCAGCUAGAGAGGAGGUUUUGGAAAAACUGGUAUUUACCAAGAGGGUUUUCACACUGCCAUGGAUAGCCUCAGACCAGGCCUGCUUCAGGCACCUCUUGGACUAGGUGGUUCAAGAGUAGCUCCCUUCAGCUUCCCUAAUGUCUGGAAAUGAAACUGCAGCCAUCCUUGGGGAUGCAUUGAGCAAGGUAUGGCCCCUCCAGUGGCUCUGGAAAUUCAGGAGUCUGAAUACCUGAUGUUCUUUGCUGUCUCUGUCCAUCAGUGGUGGGAAUUGUCAGAUACCAGCUCAUUAGACAUGACGGGCAACAGGAGGGCUAUGAUGCUGAAGAUGCUCAGAAAAGCAAGGAAAACACAAGGAAUAGGGUGCAGGUGGCUCCCGUGGGUGUUUGGGGGGAAGGAUUUACACAGAGUGAAGAAAUAGUUACACUAGUGCGCACCUUUAAUAGAACUAGCCACAAUCAUCCCACCCAUGCGCAUAAAGACCAUUUACUGCGCAAGAGGUGAAGAGUGAUGUAGCUGCUUUGUAGGGAUCAUCUAACUCUUCCUUGAUUAUUUCAGUGUGCAUUGGGGAGGCACCUUUGUCUUGCUGCCAUUCAGCACCUGAGCACUCCAGACAGUAUGGAAUGUAUUUUUAAGAGACUAAAUACAUUUUUUGUAUUUGUAGAUGAUUGAUUGUGGAACUGGGUCCAGUCAUGAUGUUACAGGCAGAUAGUAAACCAGGUCUCUUUUCCUUUUCACAUAUUCCUGCUAAGUUAUGUGAGUCCAAUUCAAGUUAAUUCUUUUCUGAGGUUCUGUUAUUCACAGUUCCCCUCUACUCCAGACAAGAGAGCUACCAGCACUGUCCUGACUCUCACAAAACUCAUGUAAGCAUGUUCAGUAGGGGAAAGCCUGUUCCUUCCUCUCCACACUGCUUAAAGAUGGUGCUCACCUCCUACCAGUUAUAUAGCGCUCCUAGUCUGCAUGCCAAGUUUAAACACAGUUUAUCUGCAUGUAUCUCCUGACUAAUGCUGUCAGCUCUACAGUAUGUAAUCAAUAAAAUUAUCCCUUUGUACAUGUUA